AUGGAGGAUGCCCAGGCAGUGAGGCAAGUUACAGCGUCAGCAGCUGAAGAAUUUACCCGAAGAGUCCUCGAAAAGAACAAUGUCCCUACAGCGAAUGCGUCAAUAGUGGCCAAAUGCCUCGUGGAAGCUGAUCUCCGUGGGGUUGAUACCCAUGGAAUCAACAGAAUCCCAUCAUACAUGGAACGCAUUCGCCAGGGAGUACUGGAUCCAAAAGCAUCUCCAUCGUUGGAUCAAGUCACUCCGGUGGUUGCGCGCAUCGACGGCCACAAUGCAUUUGGCUUCGUGUCCGCCUCGAUGGCGAUGGAUCGGGCUAUCGAAAUGGCUCGAGAGUUUGGGAUCGGCAUGGUUUCGGUCUACAAUUCGAACCACUUUGGAAUGUCUGCGUCUUUCGUCCGACAAGCCGUGGAAGCCGACAUGAUGAGCUUUGUUUUUACAAACUCCUCGCCAGCCCUCCCAGUUUGGGGCGGAAAGGAGAAACUUAUGGGAGUCUCUCCGAUAGCAUGCGGCGCACCAUCGGGACCAAACUCUCCUCCUUUCAUUUUGGAUAUGGCUCCCUCUGUGGCGGCAAGGGGGAAGAUAUACAAGGCCCAUCGCAGAGAGGAGACUAUCCCCGAGGGUUGGGCAUUAGACGCAAACGGUGCGCCAACCACUGACCCCGCAGCUGCUCUCAAGGGAGUCAUGCUACCAAUGGGUGGUCCCAAGGGUUCGGCCCUCUCUAUUAUGAUGGACGUUUUCUCUGGCGUGCUUUCUGGCUCUUCCUUUGCUGGACAUGUCACGGGCCCAUAUGAUCCGUCAAAACCAGCUGGUGUUGGCCACUUUAUAAUGGCUCUGAAGCCUGAUUUGUUCUUGGGCUUGGAUGAGUUCAAGGAGAGAAUGGACUAUUUAUACCAGCGCGUUGUGGGCUGCGAGAAGAUGCAAGGCGUGGAAAGAAUAUAUUAUCCUGGUGAAAUUGAAAUUAUCACCUCGAAAGAAAGGACAAAGGACGGCAUACCAUACGUCCAGGCGGAGAUUGACGCUUUGAAUAAAGAGGCGGACUUGGCUGGGACUGGCCACAUAGAGACGAUGGAAUAG